CGUUAUGUACAUACCUAUGCGUCCGUCUCCUGCACGGAAAUUUGGGGGCGUGAGGCACCAAGACUGCCCGGGCCCGGCUUCCCCGAAUUGUCUGAGCUCGGGAGUCCCUCUGGCUGGCGCUUAUGAUGGCUUCCGGACCCGCGACGGUGGUGUGCUGAACGACCUCCUCAUCUUGAUGCACGACUCGCAGGGACCCUGAGAAACGCAAGCAUGCACUGCUCUUGCGUCAGCGGCCAGCGUUGCAACCCAUCCUCGGAUGGAGCCAGCGGCUAUAUACAGAGUGAUGUCGCUGCGAUAAGCGGAUCAGACAUGCAGGCAACUCCCGCAACCGGCUUAUCCUACAGCCCGGGUCUUGAGGAGGCUGAGAGCUCCUUUCCCGAACGGCACCUCGAUGAAGAUAAGCCCCAGUUCUCGGCGAGUGGCGGUAUCGGCACCGGCCGCUAUCAGUCCGGCGUCGUAAAACGGCAGGUGUUUGAGCCUAGUCUCCCAACGGUCUACGCCCGGGAUUGGCCCGGCCCGGGCCAGUCUAUCUCCCAAGACGGUCAUGUAUCCUCUCACGGUCCAUUAGUCGAUGGCACCACCCUCGGCGGUCCAUUCCCACAGCCACAGCCGAAUUCGGGAUCCUUGUCGGCGGGAUGGAACUCGUUUCGUGAGCAGCCGCAGGACGGCUUCUUCUGGCCGCCCAGCCGCCGUGAGUUCAGCGUCGACGACGAUUCCGACUCGAUCCAGAGUCGAAACGAAAGCCAUGAGGAUUUCUGUCCGUCAAUACCGGCACUGUCGGGGCAGAGACCCAGGCGCCGAAGCUCUCACCGCGUGACCAAGCCGGCAAAGCCCCCAACACCGAUAGCGACUCACCAUCUGGCGGCGCGCACGGAGCGACCUUACAUUCCCGACUUUGACUACAGCACAGACUGGCUUGAGCCCUCGGAUGCCUCGGUCGCUUCCUUUUCGCAUUCCAGUCACGAUCCCACACCAAUCACCCCCGGAAACGAGAUUGAAAUCGCGUUACGAGACAACGCCUCGUCGUCGUCCAAGGUCGACUCCAAGCGGAUCGCGCACAAACUGUCUGAGAAGAGCAGACGAAAUCGCCUGACCAUUGCAAUACGAGAGAUACAGAAACUGCUUCCCUCGGGGGUCGAUGGCGAGGAUUUGUUGCCGACACCAAAGGAGGCGGAUUACGUGGUUCGCCCUGGCGUGCCCAGUAGUAAGCUUGACAUCGUGGAGAUGGCCGUGGGUUUCAUUCGGGACUUGAAGGCAAUGAACAAGUCGAUGGCGGAGAAAAUAAAAGACUUAGAGAAGGAGUUGGAAGCGUGCCAGUGCCGACAUCCCAGAGCAGAAGAGGCCGAAGCGGCGCCGUCGGGCGAACCAACAAUGAUGGAACGCACCGCGGGUUGAGUAUGAGCAACACGGCAUUUGGGGUUAUAAUAUGAUUGAGGAAUACACCCGGCCAUGAUCAACAAACAUCAUGGUACCUAACUGAAAAAAAAAAAAAAAAAAAAAAAAAAAAAAAAAAAAAAAAAAAAAAAAAAAAAAACACAACCUGCUGGAACCAUGCUCCGCGGGCAUUUACAACACCCUCUAAGCUCUUUCCUCUUUUCCGUGAACUCAUGCUGGGCUCUGCCUGCUAUGCACCCACCCGGCCG